CAGUUCUCAACACUCACUGUGAGAAUUGUGGAACUAAAAAUAACCUUUAAAUACUUCAAUAUUGUUUAGUUUAAAAACAAAACAAGUAAACAUUAAUAAAUAAUUUGGAUCGCUUUGAUUAUAGCAGCUAGAAUACUUCGAGUAAGCCAGUAGGCAUUGACGGGUAUUAGCAGCUGGCAAGAGAGGGCGGCCUCUCCCAAAUAUUAAACAAAUUUUCAUUGAACUUAAUUGUUUUAAACGAGCAAAAAUAUUAAAUAAAACAACAUAACCAACUAUAGAGAUGGAUAUCAAGUCGUUCCUCUUUGAAUAUUGCUCCAAAAAUCAUACGGAGCCAAAGUUUGAGGUGCGGCCAACUGGACCUAAGCAUCGACAGCGUUUUCUAUGUGAAGUGCGGGUGGAGAAGUGCUCUUAUGUUGCCGUGGGCAAUUCCACCAAUAAGAAGGAUGCCGAAAAGAAUGCUUCACGUGAUUUUGUGAAUUAUUUGGUCCGCAUGGGAAAAUUAAAUGCCGAAGAUGUGCCUGCUGAGCCUGGUGCAUCAGCGUCAUCAUCCAAUGAAUCACCAGCAAUGCACCGAGGAGGUAAUAGUGGUGGCGGUGGUGGUGGUUUUGGUGGUGGUGGAGGCAAUGCUAAUCGUUUCUUCGGCGGUCAGUCUGGGCCCCAGGAUCUGGGUGAGGCAUAUCGUCCAUUAAAUCAUCAGAGCAGUAGUAGCAUGAGUAGCAUGAGCGAUCGCUUCAACAUCAUUGAUCAUAUCCAAGAGCAAAAGGAUAUGAAUGAAGCAGAAUCGAUUGAUGUGAAUGCAGCCAUGCAUGGCAAUUGGACCAUUGAGAAUGCCAAAGAUCGCUUGAAUAUCUAUAAACAAGCCAAUAAUAUACGCGAUGAUUAUAAAUAUACACCGGUGGGUCCGGAUCAUGCUAGGAGCUUCAUGGCUGAGCUAUCUAUAUUUGUGCCAGCGCUUAAGCGUAAAGUGACAGCUAGGAAUACGGGCUCGAAUAAGAAAUCGGCCAGUAAGUCGUGUGCAUUAUCUCUGGUGCGCCAGCUCUUCCAUUUGAAGGUAAUUGAGGCCUAUAGUGGCACCCUAAAGAAGAAGAAGGACGAGGAACUAAAGCCGUAUCCAGUGAAAUUGGCUCCAGAGUUGAUUGAAAGAAUUGAUGAUGUUAUCAAACAAUUAGAUUUGCCGGUGGUUAAUCCACGUAAUAUCAAAAUGGAACCAAAUGGUACUCCAUUACCAUUAAUCGUGAAUAACAGUCGCGUGGAUACAUCCGAACCGUCGGCUGAACGUCAGGAGGUUUCAGUUAUUCCCUGGGCUCCACCUAAACCCAACUGGAAUGCCUGGCAUGCGUGUAACAUUGAUGAAGGCGAAUUGGCUACGGCCACCAUUGAUGACCUCUCGAUGAAAUUUGAACGUCAAUUGCUAGAACGACGAAAGUCUAACGCGGAAUAUCGCACGUUCUUGGAGUUUCGCGAUAAACUGCCAAUUACCGCCAUGCGUGCCGAUAUUAUGCAUGCCAUCAAUGAGAAUCCUGUGGUCAUUAUACGCGGCAAUACGGGUUGCGGCAAGACCACUCAAAUUGCCCAAUAUAUACUCGAUGAUUACAUUAGAUCUGGACAGGGUGCCUACGCCAAUAUCUAUGUAACUCAGCCACGUCGAAUUUCAGCCAUCUCGGUGGCCGAGCGUGUGGCUCGUGAACGUUGCGAAGAAUUGGGCGAUUCGGUCGGCUAUUCGGUGCGUUUUGAAUCGGUCUUUCCACGGCCCUAUGGUGCCAUAUUGUUCUGCACGGUUGGUGUUAUGCUGCGCAAACUGGAGGCCGGUCUACGCGGCGUCUCGCACAUCAUUGUCGACGAGAUUCACGAGAGAGAUGUGAAUAGCGAUUUUUUGCUUGUCAUUUUGCGUGACAUGGUGGCCACUUAUCCGGAUUUACAUGUGAUUCUCAUGUCGGCUACCAUUGAUACGACUCUUUUUGCCAGAUAUUUUGGUGGUUGUCCUGUUAUAGAGGUGCCAGGACGUGCCUUCCCUGUGGAGCAAUAUUUUUUGGAGGAUGUUCUCCAAAUGACCCAAUUUGUGCCAUCAAUGGAGUCGCGUCGCAAACGUCGAGAUGCCGAUGAUGAUGAUCAGCAGGUGGAAAAAGAAGAUCGCGAAGAGCCCGAAGUGAAUUAUAAUAAUAUUAUUGAUACAAAAUAUUCAGAGCAAACACGCAAUGCGAUGGCCGCUUUAUCCGAAUCGGAUGUUAGCUUUGAGCUACUCGAAUGUCUAUUGAUGCAUAUCAAAUCGAAGGAAAUACCGGGUGCUAUAUUAGUAUUUUUACCCGGCUGGAAUUUGAUAUUUGCUUUGAUGAAAUUCUUGCAAAAUUCGCAACAUUUUGGCAGCUCACGAUAUCGUAUAUUGCCAUGCCAUUCGCAAAUACCACGCGAUGAUCAGCGUAAGGUGUUCGAACCAGUGCCCGAUGGUGUGACCAAGAUAAUAUUGUCCACCAAUAUUGCAGAGACAUCGAUAACCAUCGAUGAUAUUGUCUUUGUAAUAGAUAUAUGUAAGGCACGCAUGAAGCUAUUCACAUCGCACAAUAAUCUGACCAGUUAUGCCACUGUGUGGGCCAGUAAAACAAAUAUGGAGCAGCGUAAGGGACGCGCCGGUCGUGUACGUCCAGGAUUUUGUUUCACCUUGUGCUCGAAGGCUCGUUACGCGGCCUUGGAUGAUAAUCUAACGCCCGAGAUGUUCCGCACACCGUUGCAUGAAUUGGCUUUGACCGUAAAGCUUUUGCAUUUGGGUGCAAUACAUCAUUUCCUGUCCAAGGCAUUGGAGCCACCGCCGGUGGAUGCUGUUAUCGAGGCGGAGGUAUUGCUGCGGGAAAUGCGCUGCCUGGAUGCCAAUGAUGAAUUGACUCCGCUGGGACGACUCUUGGCCCGUUUGCCCAUUGAGCCGCGUUUGGGCAAAAUGCUGGUAUUGGGCACAGUUUUCGGAUGUGCCGAUUUGGCCGCCAGCAUGGCCUCAUAUUCCAGCACCUUUUCCGAGGUAUUCGCCUUGGAAAUUGGCCAACGUCGUUUGGCCAAUCAUCAGAAGGCUUUGAGUGGCAUCAAGUGUUCGGAUCAUGUGGCCAUGAUUGUUGCAUCACAAAUGUGGCAGCACGCCAAGCAACGUGGCGAAAUGGAGGAGAUGAAUUUCUGCGAUUGGAAGGGUCUACAGAUGUCCACCAUGAAUGUGAUGUACGAUGCCAAGCAGCAAUUGUUGGAUCUCCUGUCGCAGGCUGGUUUUCCAGAGGAGGCCAUGAUUACACACAAAGUGGAUGCCCAUUCGACCGAUGAUCCCGUCUUGGAUGUCGCCCUGGGUUUGCUCUGCCUGGGUCUGUAUCCAAAUAUCUGUGUUCACAAGGAGAAGCGCAAGGUCUUGACCACGGAAUCGAAGGCUGCCCUUUUGCAUAAGACUUCGGUGAACUGCAGCAAUUUGGCCAUUACUUUCCCUUAUCCGUACUUUGUGUUUGGCGAAAAGAUACGAACUCGUGCCGUUUCGUGCAAGCAGCUGUCAAUGGUGGCUCCGUUGCAGGUGAUGCUCUUCGGUUGCCGGAAAAUCGAUUUAGCACCCAAUGGCGUUGUUCGCUUGGACAAUUGGUUGAACUUUGAGAUGGAUCCAGAGCAUGCCGCUAAAAUUGGAGCCCUGAAGCCAGCUCUCGAGGAUCUUAUCACAUUGGCUUGUGACAAUCCGGCUAAUGUACUUCAAUUGGAUGAUUCGUAUGCCAAUUUAGUGGACACUGUACGAGAUUUGUGCAUCCAGAAUGCUGGUGACUAUGGAGUGAAACGUGAAAACGGCAUUUUGCCGAAUCAGUCGCGACAGUCUGGAUUUGGUGGCAGAUCAGGAAGUGAUGGUGGACCACCCAAAAGAGCUCGCUAUGACAGCGUGUCCAGUAGUAACUAUAGCGGCGGUGGUAGUUCCUACGGAGGAGGAGGCGGUGGUCGCUAUGGCGGAGGAGGUGGUGGUCGCUAUGGCGGAGGAGGUGGCAACAGAAGUCGUUACGGUGGCUUUGGGAAUGGCGGGGAUAAUGAUGGCAAUCGUAACCGUGGCUAUGGAUAUGGAGGAGGCAACAAUGGAAAUCGAGGUGGAGGCUUUGGAAAUGAUGGCAAUCGAGGCGGUGGCUAUGGAAAUGAUGGCAAUCGAGGCGGUGGCUUUGGAUUCGGAGGCAAUGGAGGUGGGGGUGGUGGUGGCUUUGAUGAAUAUCGAAAUGAUAGUCGAAGCAGCAGUUCUAUGGGAUUUGGAGGCAAUGGCAAUGGAGGCGGCGGUGGCUUCAAUGAUUAUAGAAAUGAUAGUCGAAGUAAUAGUUCUCUUGGAUUUGGAGGCAAUGGUAACGGAGGCGGCGGUGGCUUCAACGAUGACAGUCGAAGCAAUAGUUCUAGUGGCUUUGGUAAUGGAGGAAAUCGCAACAGCGGCUUUGGAGGACAAGAUUUUAUACGAACUGGCGACGGAGGCGGUGGCAACAAUUGGGGUCGCUAUAACAAUUGAAUAACUUUGAUCUAUAAACAUACAUACAUAUAUAUACUCUCAAAUGAAUAAUUAUGAAGAAUAACAUAAUAAAUAUGUUUACAUUUUUUAA